CAACAGAUCUCCUCCACUUCUGCAGAGACGGAGUAUUCCUUACAGCCAUUUUUUGCGUUGACUGGACUAUGAUGAUCCCCAGCGUGCUCGCGCCUCCCGGCAUGAUGUACCCGGGUCUUUACCACCCGGCGGCCGCCCUGCCGCUCCACCACCACCAUUCCCUGCCGUCCCCCUACCACCACACACACUCCAGCUUCCUGGUGGAGGACCUGCUGCGGAUGAGCAGACCGGCGCCCUACAUGAGCCGGCCAAGCGCGCCCUCGGUGAGCGCGUCCCGGCUCACGGGGUCCGUCCCGGGCGCAGCGGAGCGCGGGAUCAUGUCGCCUCACGCCAUGACGCGCGAUACGCACUCCCCGAAAUGCUCCUCUCUACCCACCAGUAAAGACCCCACUUUUCUGAAGUUUGGAGUAAGCGCCAUUCUGGCUCCGUCACCAAAGACUGCAUCAUCUCCUCCUGCCAUGCACAUGCACUCCAAGGCCUUCGCCAUCCCUUACUUUGACGGCUCCUUCCACCACAUGUUCCGGCCCCCCUACCUCCCAGCUUCUGCCUCCGUGGUACCCAUGCCCGGGACCUUCUCCUGGCCGCUGGCCGCCAGGGGCAAGCCCAGGAGGGGGAUGCUGAGGAGGGCCGUGUUCUCAGACAUCCAGCGCAAGGCUCUGGAGAAGAUGUUCCAGAAGCAGAAGUACAUCAGCAAACCUGACAGGAAGAAGCUGGCCUCCAAGCUCGGACUGAAGGAUUCCCAGGUGAAGAUCUGGUUCCAGAACCGACGUAUGAAGUGGCGGAACUCCAAAGAGCGGGAGCUGCUCUCCUCGGGAGGUUGUCGCGAACAGACGCUUCCCACCAAGACGAACCCGCACCCGGACCUGAGCGACGUGGGCAAGAAGUCCUCCGCGGAAGAGGAGGAGGAGGAGGAAGAGGAAGAAGGCUUCCGCAGGGGGAGCGCGUCAUGUCGCUCCCCGGCCGCAGGAGAACCGGUGAACAGUGUGGGCUCCAACAUCUCCUCCCCCAGCCUUUCCAGCAAGCACUCAGACUUCUCAGACUCCGACGAGGAGGAAAUAACAGUAUCUUAAUUUAUUAUGAAAUACAAUAUAUCUAUAUAAAUAUAUGUGUAUAUAAAAACCCGUGUGUAUACCAGAUUUUUCCUGAAACGCAAAACAUAAUCGGUAUGUGCAGUAAUCCCUGGAGCCACCCAACUAAGAGCAUGCUGUUUUAACGAUGUUCCCCUUAAACAAUGUUUCCCUAUACUCCACUUCCCCUCAAACUUAACAAUAGCACCGUCCACUCCAGGUGUUGCUUCUAUUGAGAUAUUUGUUUGCUGUUUUGCACAGCUCUUUUUUGAAAACUGUACAGAUCUAUGUACAAUUUUUGUAUGGACAUUUUUAUGCCAAGAAUAUGACGUUUACUUUC